AUGGCAUCCAUUAAUCAACUAGCAGAAGACUUGAUCUUCGAAAUUCUCUCAUGGCUUCCUGUACUUUCACUCCUCCGAUGCACAUCAGUAUGCAAAUCAUGGAAAUCAAUCAUCUCAAACCCUUAUUUCAUCCAAGCCCACCUUGCCAUUUCUCAGAAAAAACAACACCCCUUUUCAACACUCAGGGUUGUGUCCAAAAGUGAUGAAUCGCAAGAUCUCUUUAUGGACACUCUUGGCGAAAAUUCAGUUAAGCUCAGUCUCCCAAGGUAUAUAUCUGAUGUGCCGCAGCUGUUUUUUCGUUCUUGUAAUGGUCUUGUUAUUCUUAGUGAUAUACAUGUUGUUGUGUUAUACAUUUGGAAUCCGUUGACUAGGUCUUUUAAGUUGCUUCCCAAGCCCCGGGUAGUUAAGCCCCGGAGAAAAUCACGUUUAUAUAGGCUUGAGUUUGUGGUUAAUUUUGGGUUUGGGUUUGAUUCUGUGAGCAAUGAUUAUAAGAUUCUUAGGGUUGUGCUUGUUAAAAUUAACCUUGGGGUGGAAAAAAGAUUUCAACUAGUGGCGGAGUUGUACUCCUUUAAUACAGAUUCUUGGACAGUGAUUAUGGUUCCUGAAGAAAUGCGAGGUUUUAGGCAAGAUCCGCUCUCAGAAUGUGUUUGUGUUGGUAGUAGGGUACUGUGUUUUCAAGGUACGAAUGGGAUUCUGUUGUUUAAUUUGCAUAAUGAGGUGUUUGGAACGUGUCAGUACCCUAAAACAGGUGUAAGAAUGUCAGAUGCUUUGGAUUUUGAAGGCUCUAUUGGUUUCAUCUUGAAAUCUAGUGAGAAUGAAUCAAUCAUCCUUAGUUUAUGGACAUUGGCUAAUGUUGGUGGCAAUAUCAUUUGGACUAAGAAGUUUAAUAUUGAGCCCCAUAUGAAAAUAGAUCAUGUACUAUUUUAUUUGGGUGAUGGCCAGUUUCUUGCAAAAGAUGAUGGUGCUGGAUACAUCGUUUAUCAUGACAGGAAGAAAGGAACGCCCCCUCUCUCUUGUGUCUUCAGAGAAUUUACUUAUGUUGCUCAGAUCAGCGGGAGCCUGGUCUCACUUGAAGGGUUUGAGCAACAAGAUUAA